AUGUUCAGCGCCAGCAAUCUAACGUCUACCGCCUCAACCAACCCUCCCAUUCCGCCUGCAGCUGCCGAAGCUGCCCCCUCCCUUUCACCUCCACCUGAGCAUCCCAUAGAAGCCCUGUCCGCCAUCAAUGAGCUCGAGGCCACCAAGGACUACUUAAAGAAGAUUUGUUCCGUCCACUACUCCGCACCAGCGUCGGUUCCCUCGCCUCCAGGAAAUGACUUGAACCUCCAAAUGCACUGUUACCUGGCUGCCGAAGUGAUCAUGAAGGCUUUCCGAACGCAGAUGUGCGUCCUCGACAGAGACAUUUAUCAGUACCACGCCGCUUCAAAGCACGUCACCGAGCGAACGGGCGCCGAAGCUCCCCCCAAAUCCGACGGCGUCUCGAAGUUGCUUUCAGGACCGGGCCACAUUGUCGAUCGCUCAGGUCGCAUCGUGUACAUCCACCUUCCUGGAGUCCUCCGACCCGAGCUACUCUCUGUAGUUGAGGCGGCCUGUCGUAGUCUCCUUACCGCGCCGAAUGCUAAGCCUGAAAUGAAGCGGGCGGCGAGCAAUUGGAGGGUCAAUGAGAGCUAUUUCCAACCGGUUGGCCGCGCUGGUUUCACUCCAGGGGUCCUCACUUUAUCUCCCUGUUGGUUCAUGCAGGCACAUCCACCGCCAAAGUAUAAACCUUUCGUCGCAGCUGCAAUUCGCCGACCUGACGGUAGCGACGGUGGUCUACCCUUUAUCAAAGCUGUUCGACAGGCCUUUUGCAUCAUGGGAGCUCUCCUAUACCUCAUUCACCCUUCUCAAUACGAGGUAGGAGUGGAGCUUUGGAAGAAACUCGUGGAAACCAACUGCGCAGGCGUAGAGGACGGUUUCGAAAGCCAUAUGAUGAAGGUGAUUGCCUGUUGGGCCUCUCCGUUCACCGUCAUGCAAGUGAUCUCCAACCGCGAAACACCCUUCCACUUCGACACCUCGGGCCAUCCCUUCUGGUACGAUUGCCUAUUGACCGUCGGUCCCUACCGCGGGGGUAGGUUUGAACUGAAGGACGUCGGGCAUCGUUUCCGGUAUGAAAGGGGAACCAUGGUUUUCCUCCUGAGCCACAUAUUACAACAUGGCGCCAGUCCAGUAGAAGGUGAAAGGGUCUGCCUGGCUAGCUUCAUGCGCCCUCAGGUGCUGCAAUGGGGGCUGAGCUACCGCGCGCUUACAGAAGAUCCGGAGCCGCUUGCGGCGAUCGAAGCUAGACUCAAUAUUCCUCAUGGACUGAGGGUGGGUGUUUAA